GUUAUUGAUAAGUGAUAACCGUAGGUAGUCAUUAGUUAGUAGUUGCCUCAGAUUUCGAUUUUGAUUUUAUCAAUGCUGUGUUAGCUUUCCAUGCCACGAUCAGCAGUAAGUCGAAGUUGUAGGUACCUUCUUCCACACUUCCGACUCCGAGUUGUGAUGUGUGUUUCUUACUAUGUAUGUGGCAAUAAAUUAGGAUUUUGUGAUAUGUACUUACUAUGUAGGUAGGUUAUUUUAAAUUCUUUAUACCUACCUGUACUUGCCUGUUUUAAAAAGCUCUUGGAUUAGCGAAAUCCAAAAGCCCUAUACUUAACAAUUCAUCUGUAGAAAAUUAAUCAUGUUUUCGAAAGUAAAAAAUGUUAAAUUCAAUAAUGGUCAUGAGAUGCCUAUGGUGGGAUUGGGAACCUAUGCGCGCAAGGCGGAACCAGGGCAGUUCCGGCAAGCCGUGGAAUGGGCCAUAGAGCUGGGUUAUAGGCAUAUAGACACGGCAUCAUCGUACAAAAAUGAAGUAGAAGUUGGUGAAGGAAUUGCAAACAAAAUUAAUGAAGGGCUUGUGAAAAGGGAGGAUUUAUUUGUAACUAAUAAGCUCUGGAAUGACAAUCAUGCCCAAGAUGCUGUAGUUGAAACUCUGAAAGAAUCGCUAAGGAAAAUGAAAUUGGACUACAUCGACUUGUAUUUAAUACAUUGGCCCAUUUCUGUAAAUGCAAAUGGCGUAGAUACAGCAAUUAGCUACCUGGAAACAUGGAAAGGUAUGGAGGAAACUGUAAAGCUGGGCCUUGCAAAGUCUAUAGGCGUUUCUAAUUUUAAUGAGAAACAAAUUCAGGAAUUAUAUGAUAAUGCUGUAAUUAAACCUGUUGUCAACCAAAUAGAGAUAAAUCCAACGCUAACCCAGCAUCAGCUUGUAAAUCUUUGUAGGAAGCUCUCUGUAAUACCUGUAGCGUACACACCACUGGGCCUUAUAUCGGAAGCCAGGCCGGAGUUUGUAGGAAAAGAUGCCAUUAAAACUGAUCCAAAAUUAGGAGAAAUAGCUAAGAAGUAUGGCAAGACUCGGGCGCAAAUAGCUUUGAGAUAUUUGAUCCAGCGUGAGAUUCCAGUAAUACCAAAAUCCUUUACAAAAUCGCGGAUUGAAGAGAAUUUAAACGUCUUCGACUUCGAGUUGACUGAUGAGGAAAUGGCGACGGUCGACGGCUAUAAUAUAAACCACCGAUGCGUGCCGGGGACAAGUUUUGUAAAAUAUACAUAUUAUCCAUUUUAGUGAAUAUAUCAUAUGUAUAUAAUACAUAUGAUGUAGAUGAGUACAUCAUAUGUAUUGCAGUAUCACAACCCAGUAGGUAGUUUAGAUCACACAAAUCAAUGUAAAAAAAAAAAUAUUUCCACGUCUGUCUUAGAAUAAGGCCUCAUUUACACGAGAGCUUUUUAACGUCCGUUAAAAAAGCGUCCAGAUAGAACAAAUGUAUUCCCAAGGUAAACG